CUGUGAAUGAUCUAAACAUGCAGGAGGUGAAGUUUGUGUUUAACAACAGUGAACCGACUGGACAAUACAGAGAAUAGAAACGUAACUUUGUAUGAAGCUCUGAGGAAAAUCUCUUCAAACCAGAGAUCAAACUGUUAAAUUGUUAUUUUGGUUCCUUCAUAAUGUCUUCAUUGUUAACCUCAGUGUCAUAAAGAAGUCUGUUAGAAGAGGAUUUGGUAAAGAGUUCCUGUUGCAAUAUGUGAAGCUGCAGAGCAUCUUGGGUCUCUGCAAAGCUCCUCAGCAGAUAUCCACUGUCUCUGACAUCAGAACUCUGGUGCCAGGCCUCAAAACUCAUUACUUGUCCAACCCCAGCAGCCAUUGAAUGGAUACCAAAGAAAGCAGAUGCCAGUGUAAUUCCUGGAGUCCAGUCUGAGAUGAAACAGAACUGUGAAUCAGGAUCGCCUGCAGACUCCCCGUCACCGAUCCCUUUGAGUUGGGAGAUCAUGAUUAAUGUUGGUCUACCUGUUGAAUGGUUUUAUUCAACCACAGAGGGCGACAGACAGGCAGCAGUCUGAGGUGCAGGGUGGAAAAGCUGAAGCUUUGGAGAGGCUGGAUUAAGAUUCAAGAGAAGCUGCAGCAGGUUGCUGCUGAGCCACAGGUUUGGAUAACAGCAAUAAUGUGAGAGGAGGCAACAGAAGUUCACCUCAGGCCAGAAGGCAAAGCUACAAUAUUGUGGAAAACCUGAGCAAAUAAACCCUUCCUGACCUUAAUUAACCCCAUUACAUGACUGGGUCAAUCAUUGCAUGUUUUCACAAACUCUUAGUAAAAGUCAGUUCCCCCUUUUAAAUGAAAAUAAGCACAAAUAAACAAUAAUUACACAGAGGCUGAACACUUCAGAUGGUUAGUCACAUCCCUGGAAUAACUACUCUGGAUAAACCCCAAAGGAACCCACAGCUGAGAACCUCAGAACCUUUGAGUCAUGGGCACAUAAUGUGACAGGAGGAAUCAGUUGUGGCAUGGCUAUUUAUAGUCCAACUGUUUCUUCUAUUUGUCUGGAUUUCACUGAAGUAGCAGAGAGCAGAGAUGCUAACUUCAGCUUUAGGCAGAUGCAGAUGGUCCAGCUGUCUAACUUUGUUUAUGGAUAUAAUUAAACAAAUACAAUUAUCCUGAUGAUCACUAAUAAUGAUCAGAAUAACAAUCCUGAUCAUUAUUAGUGAUUAGGAUCAGCAAUGAUCAACAUCCUCAGCAACAUUGAUAAUGACGGCUACUGAACAAACUUACUAUUUUCACUGAAACUGGAUUUGAUUGAGAGAAAUUUAGUUUUAAACUCUAACUUUUCUAACCUGCUGUAGCAGCUGGCUGUGCCACAAUGCUAAUGCUAGCUAACAUAAACAGGAACAAGUUCCAAGUUAUUCAGUUCAGCUGCUGUUUUAUCUUUUUCAUCAGUGAAAGUUUGAAGUUGCUCUGUCCUUCAGCUUCCUGGCCAAUCAAAUCAAACCAUGAAUCUUUAGCAGCUAAAAUCUAUUCAAGCUUUUUGACAUAAUAAAUUAAAAUCCAUCAGCAGCAGCAGCAGCAGCUCCUAAACAGACAUUAUUUGUCCAUUGGGUCUCUAAUCCUCAGUGGCUCAGACAGACAGCCUGCUUCUUUCAGACUCAUGCCCGCCUCCCUCUCCUUCCCUCUGGGGGCCGCGGCCCCUGAACCGGCCUAAAGCAGCAGCAGGAUGUUCGUAGGCUCAGCCUCUGUGCAAGGAAACAUGAGCAGGCGCAGAUAUUCAGAGUCCCGGGCCGCCGGAUAAAACCAGAGGAGGAGACGGCGGUCCGUGUGGUUGGAGCUCAGAAACUCAGGCGGGGAACAUGUGAGCGGGGCAUGGGCGGCUGGGAGCGGGAUUAUUGUUCAGCACAGCCGAGAGACGCAGGAGGGAGCCGGGGAAGGAGAGACGCGGGGACAGUUUUCCUCCACGAACCUUUUGGAUUCGAGCGCAGCAGAGAGAUCUGCGGACCGAGCGGCCAAAGAUGAACACCGUUGUGUUUAACAAGCUGAGCAGUCAGGUCCUGUUUGAGGAGAAGGCGAAGGAAGUGGAAAUGAGCAGCAGAAAUUACCUGGAGGUCAUCGACGGUCAACAUCCAGAUCUCCUCUGCAGCAGCCCGGCCAUCAGAGACAGCCAGGCGGCCAGACACAGGCGGAGCGGGGGUCGUCCCAGCGGCAGCAAAGUGCGACACAAGCGCCAGGCCCUGCAGGACAUGGCGCGGCCGCUCAAGCAGUGGCUCUACAAGCACAGAGACAACCCGUACCCGACCAAGACGGAGAAAAUCCUGCUGGCGCUCGGCUCGCAGAUGACUCUGGUCCAGGUGUCCAACUGGUUCGCCAACGCCAGGAGACGCCUGAAGAACACGGUGAGGCAGCCGGACCUGAGCUGGGCGCUCCGGAUCAAACUCUACAACAAAUACGUUCAGGGCAACGCAGAGAGGCUGAGCGUCAGCAGCGACGACAGCUGCUCCCAAGAUGGAGACAACCCUCAGAGGACACAGAGCGGUCCUGAGGAUCUCACCAAGCCCUUGUACCAGAGCGUCAUCAAGAAGGAAGGCUCCCCCAUGGUGGGCGUGGCCAUCGGCAUGGACCCAGGGCUGCGUUCUGCAGUGGAGGCCGAGGACUACGUGUCUCCACCCAAGUACAAGAGCAGCCUGCUGCACCGCUACCUGAACGACUCUCUGCGGCACGUGAUGGUGGCCAACGCUGUCAUGGACGCUCGCAAGAGGAACCACUCUGGCUCCUUCAGCUCCAACGAGUUCGAUGACGAGCUGCUGUCGCCAUCGUCCUCUGAAGCUGAGGCCCACUUCGUCUAUCGAGCCGAAGCCACAGACCAUGGAUCAAGUCAACAUGACAAGGGCAACGGUGGCGUCGCAGCGACGCAGAAGGCCAAAGAUGAGACGUACUGGAAGGAGAUCAACGCUGCCAUGGCCUUGACCAACUUGGCUCAGGGGAAGGACAGCGUCUCCAGGACAACCAGCUGCAUCAUCCAGAAGUCUUCCCAUAUAGCUGAGGUGAAGACUGUUAAAAAGGUUCUAGCUCUGACGUCCUCCCAUCCAAAAGUAGAAACCAGCAAACAUUCCUCUCUCGGCAAGUUUGAACUGAACUCCCCUUUAAAUGAAGAGAACUGUUACUUACGGAGGGAAAAGGGUUUGUUUAAAGCUGAAGAUGAAAUCAUUUUGUCAUGUUGAAGUUCCCCUUUUGUACCAUUUCCCUUCCAUUGUCAGUGCCUUAACAUUCCCAUUCUUGAAGCAAGAAAUGUUUGUAAUGUUAUAUUAUUAUCCAAAGUGAACUUAUCAGCUCAAUGAUGAUGAGCUACGGAAUUGAAAAUCAUCUGGUGUUAAAAACUAGCGGUACAAUAAGCUGGGUUAGGUUUCAACAUGGAGUAGAAGGUACAAACAUCUGAUUAAAUACAAUUUAUUUAAGGUUAAAAUUUUUACUUUAACUUACUGCAUUGUGUCUUUAAUGUUCUGUGUCAGUGCAUCUUCCCAGUGCAAAGUGACACCCACUUUAGCAAUCCUUAAUUUGAAAUUGGAAUUUUGGAAGCUUUCAUUUAAAGCUGCAGUACGUAACUUUUAUCUUUUUUUUUCAUAUUUGUUGAAACUAUGUUGUAACAUUACGGUAUGGGACAGAUAACCUAUUGAAGCUCCUUUGCCUUUUCCCAGUGCUAACCAGAAACAACCAAUCAGAGCCUGGAGGCGGGUGUUAGUGCUGUCAAUCACCCACCUUGUGGCGAGGGUAACAGCAGAGCCUGUAUAAAAGUUACAGACUACAGCUUUAAGGCUUUUUAAAAUCUUGUAUUAUGGCAAAUACUUAGACUUCAGUAUUCAGUGAAUGCAGUUCAAAGUUCUUUUCCGUACCCAAAACCCAUAAACAUGAUUUUGGAGAAAUCAAACUGAAAACCUUCUGAUUACCAGACUCUUACCACAGAGGUACAGCUGCCUCAGAUUUACCACUACAUUAGCCUGAAACCUGGUCACCGUGAUGCCGUUUUUCUGUUCAGCAAUAUAUCAUGUGACUAGUGAAAUAAAAAAUUUCAGUGAGAAUGACAGUUUCUCGUUCAGUUGAUCAGGUGCUGAUGUGAACCCUUGCGUUCCUCAUGGUUAUGUUGGGGUUGCCUGGAUGUCUUUUUGUUUUGUUUUGGUCAGUUUUGUUUAUCCAGACUGUUGCAUUAGGAUCAUGUCUUGGCAUCCAGUGGAAAGAGUCUGUUUCUAGAGAAAAUACUUUUCCUAAUGGUGCACAAGUCAUAAACUUUUGUGGUGAGCUUGGAAAAGCUCACAGUUGUAAAAAAAAAAAAAAAGAAAGAAAAAACAAAACCUUCUCAUGUCCUUGGGAGAAAGUGAAGUUGGCCCUCUGUGCUGACUUUUAAUUUAAUACGCCUUCAAGGUAUUGUUCAUGUGUUAUGAAACCUAAAGUGUAACAUGAAUUGCUCAGUUUGAGUUUUAUGACAUGCAGUCUGUUGUUAUGGUCAAGGACUUUGCAAAAGAGUGAAGUUGCACAGUGACUUUUUCUUUUUUUUUUUUUUACAUGUCUCGAAUGCUUAACAAAAGUCUGUACUUAAAGUUCGUGGUUGGGGAGGUGUUUCAACAAAAUGAAAGAAAGUUCAAGAAAUGAGGGGUGCCUUUGCCUUACUGCAGUCGGUGUGCCUAAACAAGUAGAAGGAAAUGAGUCAAACCUGCCAAUCCCUAGUAAGGCUGUUGGCCUCCUUUAGGUGUUUAUAUACAUCGGAUCCAGCCAGGGAGGACCUGGAUCCAUGCCUUCGUCUCUGAACGAAGGCAUGGGCCUCACAACUCGCACACUGAGAGGAGAGGAGGCAGGGGAAGGUAAGGAGAGUUCAGGGACAGAAAGUCUCUAACAACCAGAGACCGGUCACACAGGCUAACCCAUGAACCCCACUGUGGACCAGACUGAGGUCUUCAGCAAACUCUCCACUUCAUCUGGGAGGAUCCAGUCAGAGCCUUUAAAUACACGUUUUAACAUGUUUCUUCAUACCUUACCUGCCUUGUGAAGUAACUACGCCAGCUGGAGUGUGAAGCCUCACUCAGGGAACGAUGGUUACCUGCCUGAUACGUCCUCAUUACGGCCAGUCAACAGAACCCUGUUAGGGUCGACAGUACGGUAAAUAAGUCAGGGAGGAGGUGAAACGAGGACAAACGAUGAAGCUCAUUCCAAUCAUUUUGUAAAUCAAAAGGUUCUGUAUCAGUGAACCGAAGUCAUCGUCUGUGAUCCUGAACAGAACUGAUGCUUUAACAGGGAGAACCUUGUUCCCCUGACAACAGAGGAGUCAUUGUGGAUAUUGUAGCAUCACACAGUAAAUCAGGACACAUAGGGAUGAAACAGAAAGAUGUUUUCAUUAUUUAUAUUUAAAAUGGCAACCAUCAAUUUUUUUUAAUGUUGACUCACAAAGUGAGAUUUUUUUAAAUGUUAUUUUAUUUUUUGCUUAUUCAAAUGGAGACUGGAUGUUCAGUCCAAUGACCAAAAUGCAUAUCUCCCUUUUGUUCAAUUUGUUUUCAUGUAAAGCCAUUUUUUUUAUGCUGCUUUGUAACAACAACGAAUAAAACUCUGAAUGAAACGA